CGCCCACCACAAGCUGGGCUCAAGCCUGAGGGCUUCUGGGUCAUCAUCGUUGGGCAAGAAGUCGGUGUAUUUUACUGUUGGUCAGUGGCUGAUGUUGCGGAACGAACACAUUUUGUUAGCGGGAGUAUUCAGAAACGAUACCCAUCUUUCCAGCAAGCUCUUCACGCAUACACCGUCAAGUAUAACGAACGCAGCGUCCAUGCA